UCUUUAAGACAACGAUAGCUGUGUGUCUGAUUAAUUCAAUGUAACUAGAGAUGCAUUGGAGAAACCCACUUUCCUCUAUUACGGUGGACGUACCAGCUACAGAGAGUGUGAAUAAACUGGACAUUGCUUUCCCAAUUGGUCAUUAUAAUCGGAUAAUCCAAUUGGCCGUUAACAUAUAAUAAAGUUAUCCAGUAAUACCUUUAUUAUAGGCCACGGAUGUGGAGAUUAAAAAAAAUAUUAGCUGGAAAUUGAAGUCUCAAUAAUUUCAUAUUUCCCUAAGAGGAUUUACCAGAAGUCGUAUUGCAGAAAUAAGAAUAUUUACAUUAAAUUGUUUGGAGCGGAGUUUUAUUCUGACUGCACGAAAUGUCGGAAAAACACGCUCUUCCCCUCUCAGGUCUGGAGGACCCCAAUCGCCAGGCCAUGUCCCAACCCAUGCAGCAAAUUCAGCCCCCUCCAUACCUCCCCUCCCAGGAACUUAACAUGGGCCAACAACACUCCAACAUGCAACACUCCAACAUGCAACACUCCAACAUGCAACACCCCAACAUGGCCCCUCAGACCGGCUGUGGCCCCCAGCCCAACUACCCCCCUCCACCCCCGCCCCCUGGCUCCGAUGGCUACCAGGAGACCCAGUUCCACAAUGGCUCCUACGGACACCCAGGGGCCCCACAGGGCUACACAGUCCAGACCCAGGGCCCGGGAGGGGGUGUCCCACAUGCCCCUGUGGGUUACUUUCAACCAGGAUACCCUCUCCAGCUGCAGCCCUGCACAGCCUACGUUCCUGUCUACCCUGUGGCGUCGGGGCAGCCCUACCAGGGGAUGCCCCAGGGCCAGAUGGGCAUGCAGAUGCCCCAUGGCAUCGCCCUGAUGGAGCCACGGCGCCCGCCUCACGACUACCUGCCAAUCGCUGUGCUCACCACCGUUUGCUGCUUCUGGCCAACAGGAAUCAUAGCCAUCAUCAAGGCAGUACAGGUGCGUACGGCGGUGGCCAGGGGGGACAUGGUGAUGGCAGAGAUAGCGUCCCGCGAGGCGCGUAACUUCUCCUUCAUCAGCCUGGCAGUGGGCAUUGCCUCCAUCGUUCUGUGUACCAUCCUCACCGUGGUAGUCAUCAUUGCCUCCCAACACCAUGACGACGACUGGGAACCCUAAUACAUAACACAGUGUGGCAUCAUGGGAUAUGUAGUUUUGGGUGGAGAUAGAAGACUAAGGGCACUGAAAUGCACACUCUGAUACUGGUAUGUUAUAUUGGAGGUAUAUAUGUGUAUAUAUGCACCCUGUGUACUGUAUAUACAGUUCUGACCUACUGACUACUAACAGGCUGAGAAACAAUCACAGCUAAUAUUCAAAUGCCAAAACAAAUAGGUGCCCAUUAUGGGCCAGUAUUACUUACCACUGUAACCAAUUUAUAUUCAGAUAUAAUAGUACUCCAUAGCUCUUAUGGGGGAAAACAGAGUACAUACACAGAAGAAUUGAAUGGCAAUUCCACCACUUUUCAACCUAAUUUUCAUGAUCUCCUGCACGAUACUAGUGUCAUAUGUGAAAACAGCGGCUGACGUCAUCAAAAG